UCUUGAACUUUGAAGAAGUGUCAACUGUCAUGGAUGUUUGUCUUUAUUUAUUGUUUAUUUAGAAAAAAACAUCACUUAAAAAAAUAUCUCUUAUUUUAAAUUACACUUAAAAUCCAUAGCUUUAAGUUAUUUUAAAAACUUAGCACAUACCAAUUUGUAAUUUAGUUUAAUUUUUUAUUAUGGCAUGUAAUGAAGAUAUUAAGGACUCUACAAACAGAGAAAUAUUAACAGUUAUUAAGGAUGAAGGCGAUUCUCUAAAGAAAUAUAACAAUAUAGAAGUUAAAUUGGAACUAAAUGUAAGCAGUUAUGGACAGGAAUCUGUAUUGGAUGAGUUUUGUUCAGUGGAUAUUAAAAUCGAAAACAAUGCAUUGGAAAAUGUAUCUAAUGAAAUUAAAGCUGAAGCAAAAACAGAACUAGAGGAGCAGAGCAUUGGUGCCCCACCUGAUAUUACAAUGGAACUCACAAAUAACAAACCAUUCAAUUCUACCAAAGGACAUUUGAAAACAUAUACUGGUGAAAGACCAUAUGAAUGUAAAAUUUGUAAUAAGCUGUUUACUACAAAAGGUAAUUUAAAGAUUCAUAUGAAAAUUCACACUGGUGAAAAACUUUAUAAAUGUGAAAUUUGUAGUAAGCAGUUUGCUCAACUAAGUAGUUUAAAGGAUCAUAUGAGAGUUCACACUGGUGAAAAACCUUAUAAAUGUGAAAUUUAUAGUAAGUUGUUUACUGCAAAAUGUACUUUAAACAAUCAUAUGAGAAUUCACACUGGUGAAAAACCUUAUAACUGUGAAAUUUGUAGUAAGCAGUUUACUGCAAAAUGUAGUUUAAAUACUCAUAUGAGAAUUCACACUGGUGAAAAAACUUAUAACUGUGAAAUUUGUGAUAAGUCGUUUGUCCAAACAAGUAAUUUAAAUACUCAUAUGAGAAUUCACACUGGUAAAAAACUUUAUAAAUGUGAAAUUUGUAGAAAGCACUUUACUGCAAAAAGUAGUUUAAAUUAUCAUAUUAGAAUUCAUACCAGUGAAAAACCUUAUAACUGUGAAAUUUGUAGUAAGCAGUUUACUGGAAAAUGUACUUUAAAUAAUCAUAUGAGAAUUCACACUGGUGAAAAACCUUAUAACUGUGAAAUUUGUGAUAAAUCGUUUGUCCAAACAAGUCAUUUAAAUACUCAUAUGAGAAUUCACACUGGUGAAAAACCUUAUAACUGUGAAAUUUGUAGUAAGCACUUUACUACAAAAAGUAGUUUAAAUUAUCAUAUAAGAAUUCAUACCAGUGAAAAACCUUAUAACUGUGAAAUUUGUAGUAAGCACUUUACUACAAAAAGUAGUUUAAAUUAUCAUAUUAAAAUUCAUACCAGUGAAAAACCUUAUAACUGUGAAAUUUGUGAUAAGUCGUUUGUCCAAACAAGUCAUUUAAAUGCUCAUAUGAGAAUUCACACUGGUGAAAAACCUUAUAACUGUGAAAUUUGUAGUAAGCACUUUACUACAAAAAGUAGUUUAAAUUAUCAUAUUAGAAUUCAUACCAGUGAAAAACCUUAUAACUGUGAAAUUUGUAGUAAGCAGUUUACUGCAAAAUGUACUUUAAAUAAUCAUAUGAGAAUUCACACUGGUGAAAAACUUUAUAACUGCGAACUUUGUAGUAAGCUGUUUACUCUAAAAGGUGAUUUAAAGCGGCAUAUGAGAAUCCACACUGGUAAAACACCUUAGAAAUGUAAAAGGACCCCGCAACAAGUCGUUUGUCCAAACAAGUCAUUUAAAUACUCAUGAGAAUUCACACUGGUGAAACACCUUAUAAAUGUGAAUUUUGUAGUAAGCAGUUUGUUCAACUAGUUAAUUUCGUCUAGUCCGAAUUGCGUUCCGUUUCUUGGGUCUUGUCGAAUUGCGCCCAAAUAUUUUGCUUACCUGGCCACCGAUAACGUCUAGUCCGAAUUGCGUUUCAUUUCUUAAUUAGCCAACCCAAUUGCGGUCAGAGGAUAGCUUAAUAAAUAUUAGGUAAGCAGGGAAAUAUAAUAAACGUAAUAUCAACUAACAGUUUAUUUUUAUCUAAUAUAUUAUAUUAAAAAGCACCGAAUUUAUAACUAACACAUUUAACGAAAGUGUAUCUUGAAAUUUCACCCCUGUUAUACUGGUUAAUUUUCUGUUCGAGAAAAAUAUAUUUGCUGGAGGUAGCUUUAUCUACAUUUCUAGAAAUAUUUUGUUUAACAGAAUUUAUUUUUAUAUAAGAAUCGGUUUGAAUGCGCUUUAAUGUUUCAACAAACAAAAAAAUAUUAGGAUGUGGAGACAAACAAUAAUUUUUAAAUUUUGAAUGAAAUCCCUCACAAGAAAUAGUUGUUCUAUAUAUAGAUGCGCUAUUCUUCGCCCGAAUUUGUGGAGGAAAUCCUCUUCGAUAUACGUUAAAACUAGAUAGUUUGCAAAUGCGUCAACUCAAUGAUCAUCUGGUUUUUCAGGCAUAAAAUCUUCCACAAAACCAUCUCCAACUUGGCUCGGAGGAAGAUACAUUAGGCCAAAAAUAUGCUUCAGCCAUUUACCUAUUUCUGAGUUCCCGUUCUUAUACUCAGAACUCAACCCCACAUUUUGUACUUUACGCCACCUGUAACAAGAUUAUAGAAUAAUUUCUUUAUUUCAGAAAGUACUUGCAUUCAAGAAAAAGUUUGAAACAGGUCAAAUUUUAUAAAAAAAUACAUCUUUAAAAAAUAAUGAGA